AUGCUUUCAAGUUACAUUUUGCUGUACCUUGAAGUGGUAUAUAAUGAGCACAAAAACAAUAAAGUUUCACUGCAUGCUGGACAUAGCAGUCCUCUGUGUCUGAUUUCCUUCACCACUGAGUCCCAGGUGCUGGACUCACUAGAAGUCCACAAGUGGCACCCGGACAGGGACCUGGAGCCUUUGCCUGCACGACAGGACACGACAGCGACACUGCCACCAAUUUCUCUUGAGCUUCUUUCCCUCGGAAGAACUCUCUUUGAUGAUCCUUUUCCUAAAGAGGUUGACAGCUUGUCCAUGUCCUUUGGCCUUGACCUUGGCUUUGACAUCCACAGGAGAUGCUGCAGCAUCAGAGAACCUCUCAAUUUUAUUCCAUUUGUAUUCAGCAUCGUGUUCCUAACAAAAAAUCGUGCGUAUUAUUCUCCUCACUCAGGUCAACCCGAGUGGUUCCGGUCAUCUGCGGGUGCCCACAGGGGUUGCGGUAGUGACCAGUGCACCAGUGAUGGGGCCACUGGUUGCCAACUUGUCAUGGAUUCCCUCCACACGGGUCCACUCUUGCCCCAAAUGUGGCUGUGGCUGACAGGAACUCAUAAGAUGGGAGAUGCUUGGCAGGGCAAGAUAUUCUUUGAAGAGACUGUGGGCAGGAAGGCAAUGCUAGAACCUGGAACAGCUGUUUUGGGACACUUAGGAGCCCUGAGCUCUUCAAACUCCUGGGCUGCCCUGCUGAGUGAUGAGCUUUCUCUUUCCCCAUCUGUAACAUCAUUCAAACAGGCGUUCUGGCAAUGUGACAAUGCCUUGGGCGGCGGCGGCGAGGAGCCGGCCGGGGGCUUCGAGGACGCCGAGGGGCCCCGGCGGCAGUAUGGCUUCAUGCAGAGGCAGUUCACCUCCAUGCUGCAGCCCGGGGUCAACAAAUUCUCCCUCCGCAUGUUUGGGAGCCAGAAGGCGGUGGAGAAGGAGCAAGAAAGGGUUAAAACUGCAGGCUUCUGGAUUAUCCACCCUUACAGUGAUUUCAGGUUUUAUUGGGAUUUAAUAAUGCUUAUAAUGAUGGUUGGAAAUCUGGUCAUCAUACCAGUUGGAAUCACAUUCUUUACAGAACAAACAACAACACCAUGGAUUAUUUUCAAUGUGGCAUCAGAUACAGUUUUCCUUUUGGAUCUGAUCAUGAAUUUUAGGACUGGUACUGUCAAUGAAGACAGUUCUGAAAUCAUCCUGGACCCUAAAGUGAUCAAGAUGAAUUAUUUAAAAAGCUGGUUUGUGGUUGAUUUCAUCUCAUCAAUCCCAGUGGAUUAUAUCUUUCUCAUUGUAGAAAAAGGAAUGGAUUCAGAAGUUUACAAGACAGCCAGGGCACUUCGCAUUGUGCGGUUUACAAAAAUUCUCAGUCUCUUGCGUCUGUUACGACUUUCAAGAUUAAUUAGAUACAUACAUCAGUGGGAAGAGAUUUUCCACAUGACUUAUGAUCUCGCUAGUGCAGUGGUGAGGAUAUUUAACCUCAUCGGCAUGAUGCUGCUCCUGUGUCACUGGGAUGGCUGUCUUCAGUUCUUAGUGCCACUCUUACAGGAUUUCCCACCGGAUUGCUGGGUGUCUCUAAAUGAAAUGGUUAAUGAUUCAUGGGGAAAGCAGUAUUCAUAUGCACUUUUCAAAGCCAUGAGUCACAUGUUGUGCAUAGGAUAUGGCGCCCAGGCCCCUGUAAGCAUGUCUGACCUCUGGAUUACCAUGCUGAGCAUGAUCGUCGGGGCCACUUGCUAUGCCAUGUUUGUCGGCCACGCCACAGCUUUAAUUCAGUCUUUGGAUUCCUCAAGACGGCAAUAUCAGGAGAAGUAUAAGCAAGUGGAACAAUACAUGUCGUUCCAUAAAUUACCCGCCGAUAUGCGCCAGAAGAUUCAUGAUUAUUAUGAACACAGAUACCAAGGCAAAAUCUUUGAUGAGGAAAAUAUUCUCAGUGAACUCAAUGAUCCUCUGAGAGAGGAGAUAGUCAACUUCAACUGCCGGAAGCUAGUGGCCACAAUGCCUCUGUUUGCUAAUGCAGAUCCUAAUUUUGUGACUGCCAUGCUGAGCAAGUUGAGAUUUGAGGUGUUUCAACCUGGAGACUAUAUCAUACGAGAAGGAGCUGUGGGUAAAAAAAUGUAUUUUAUUCAACAUGGCGUUGCUGGUGUCAUCACAAAAUCCAGCAAAGAAAUGAAGCUGACAGAUGGCUCCUACUUUGGAGAGAUUUGCCUGUUGACUAAGGGACGCCGCACUGCCAGUGUUAGAGCUGAUACAUAUUGUCGCCUGUAUUCGCUUUCUGUGGAUAACUUCAAUGAGGUCCUGGAGGAGUAUCCAAUGAUGAGACGAGCCUUUGAGACGGUUGCCAUUGAUCGACUAGAUCGGAUAGGAAAGAAAAACUCUAUUCUUCUGCAAAAAUUCCAGAAGGAUCUGAACACUGGUGUUUUCAACAAUCAAGAGAAUGAAAUCCUGAAGCAGAUUGUGAAACACGACAGGGAGAUGGUGCAGGCAAUUGCUCCAAUCAAUUAUUCGCAAAUGACAGCCCUGAACUCUACAUCUUCAGCUACUACUCCAACCUCUCGCAUGAGGACACAAUCUCCACCCGUGUACACAGCCACCAGUCUGUCUCACAGCAACCUGCACUCCCCCAGUCCCAGCACACAGACCCCCCAACCGUCAGCCAUCCUCCCAACCUGCUCCUAUACCACCGCAGUCUGCAGCCCUCCUGUACAGAGCCCGCUGGCCUCUCGAACUUUCCACUAUGCCUCCCCUACGGCUUCCCAGCUGUCUCUCCUACAGCAGCAGCAGCAGCAGCAGCAGUUACAGCAGCCCCAGCCUCCACAGCCUCAACAGCAGCCCCAACAGCCACAGACACCCAGCAGCUCCACACCGAAGAACGAAGUCCACAAGAGCACGCAGGCACUUCACAACGCCAGCCUGACCCGAGAAGUCAGACCCCUCUCGGCCUCACAGCCCUCGCUGCCUCAUGAGGUUUCCACCCUGAUUUCCAGACCUCAUCCCACUGUGGGCGAGUCCCUGGCCUCCAUCCCUCAACCCGUGACAGCCGUCCACGGCACGGGCCUUCAGGCCGCGGGCAGGGGCACUGUCCCCCCAAGAGUCACCCUGUUCCGACAGAUGUCAUCGGGAGCCAUUCCCCCCAACCGAGGAGUCCCUCCAGCGCCCCCUCCACCAGCAGCAGCUCUUCAGAGGGAGUCUUCCUCAGUCUUAAACACAGACCCAGAGGCAGAAAAGCCACGAUUUGCUUCAAAUUUAUGAUCCCUGCUGAUUAUCAAAGCAGAAAGAGAUACUCUAAUAAACUGAGAAUAUUCUCAGAUCUUAUUUUAUUCUAUCUCCUGAUAGAUCCCUAUAGCCUACUAUGAAGAGAUAUUUUAGACAGCUCUGGCUUACAUGCAAAAUGUAAAAUAUAUAUACAUAUAUAUAUAUAUUAUACAUAUACUAUUAAAUAUAUAUCUAAAUUCCCAAGAGAAGAUCAAAAGACCUGUUUAGCAUUCAGUGUUAUAUGUCUUCCUUUCUUUAAAUCAUUAAAAGAUUUAAAAUGUUGUUGUAAGAUUAUUUAUUUUUAACCUACUUUUACUUAAUUCCUUUGAUAUAUGUAUUUCUCUAUUUUAUGAAGAGUUCUUGGAUUCCAUGGAUACAAACUGAUUUAAAAAAAAAAAGGCAACUCAAGUGAGCUACUGAAUAGCACCAAUCAAAGCUACUUUCAUUAGCUGUGUCUCUGCAUCUAAAUUUUUAGUCAUUAAUUAUGGAGGAUUAAAGAUCAAAUCCCAUUUUAUAGAUCUAAAUUAUAUCCUGGUGCUUUCGAUUUCGAAUUAGGUUAAAAAACCCACUGUAUGCUUGGCCACCAUAAGAGAUGAGCAUUGCCACUGUUACGAAUAUUUCUAACCUCAAACAUGUUCAUUGAUCUUUCAGAAAGUCGAGGAGAUAUUUGUCUUCAUGUGUUAUUGGACUUUCACCAAGACUCAAUCAAUGUUAGUUGUAAAUAACUUUUCAACCCCAAUAAAAAUAGCUAUUCUAUGCUGUAUGAAGGUAAAAGUCAUCAUUUAAGGAUUUAGUUUUAUUGCUUCACUUCAAAACUUAGAGUUUUAAAUUUUACAAAACCUAAUUGUGACAGUUAUUCAACUGUAAUGCGAUGGCUUGAAACCUACAAUAUUAAUUUAACCUGCAGUGUUUUAUGCAAAAUUGUAUGCUCGAUUCUACAGAUUGCUUGUUUUACACCAAAAAUCAUUACUUUUCUUCCUUCUUGCCAUAAUCAAGCAUCUGAAAAUAGUCCCUGCAUGCUUUUUGAAAAAAAAAAAAAAAGUAGUUUCAAAUCAGUCAUUGUAGGGGAAAGCUUACAGUAUUUCUUAUUUCUAGAAAAGUAUAACCAUUCAUUAAUUGCCUAUAUUAAAAUUCCUAUAAGGCUGACUUGGAUCUCUGACUUAAGUCUAGAAGUGAGGUUUUCACUUUCUUUUAAUAUUAUUACUCUUAUCAUUAUUUAAGUAAUGAUUUGUAAAUCACAGCUUGAUUUAGAGUUACCAGUGUGUUCUGUGUCUUCACUGUAGUUAGUAGUUUACUGUGGUGUUGCAUUAAAAAAAUAAAAUGUGCUAUAGCAUCAUGUCUGUUUGGAACACACUUUGCUGUACGUAUAUUGUAAUUUAAUGGUUAGUAAAUCUUAAGGCAUGUGGUAACUAACAUAGCCCUUAGAUAGAAGGUUUGUUAUUUAAAUGUGCUGAAAAAGUAUGGACAUGAUAACAGAAAGCAGGAGUUAAAGUGAAUGUCUUAGCAUUGUUUGUUUGUUCGUCUGUUUCCUUAACUCUUUCCAUGAUCUGUGAGCAUCUGCUUCUUCUCAAAGAAGUCCCUUAGUAAUCAUUUGUGCCUAAUGCAUCCCACAAAUGUGGUGGAUGACUGGAAUACAAGUGGAAGAUUCCUAUUAACGACUUGUGUAAAUAGCCCACGUUAAGAGAACCACCUAAAGUGGAGGUCUUCGGUAUCUUUGAUGAUACAUUUCAGAAGAACUUACAAAGAUCACACAUUAAAUGGGGCAGGGCCUCCAGAUAGACUUGAGGACAGAAAACAAAAACAAAAGCAAAAACUCUAAAAUGGAUCCAUGCUGCCUGUUAUGCCUUUUAUGGAUAUAAUACCUAUAAUACCAAAAUGAGUUGUCAUGUUUAUUUCCUAGCAGAUCCCAACUUGUGUGGAAGUAAUCAACAAUGCUAGUCAAUGUAAUGUUAUCAUUAACAUGCUGGUGACAUAUGAUGGCAUGUCAGGAAUGGUGUAAGAAAGGGAUUGUUCACUCUACCUAAAACCUAUGGGAAAGCUGCAAGACCAUUUACAUAUCAGUACAAAACUCCUUUAUUUUAUUAAAAUGUUGAGAAUUAACUUCAAUUUAUUAAUAUCAUGUAUUGGUCCUUUAAAUUAUUAAAGGUUUACAUUUGAUAGGACUAAUGGGUUUGGUAGUGAAAUAUUUUUAUAUAUAUAAAAUUUUGUUUUUUUUUAUUUUGAGCACUAUUGGAAAAUAUAAGCAAAAUUGAAUCGCAUGGUCUUUCAGUGCAACCAUAAAAUUUUUAUUCACUUUGUAAUUGGAUGGAUGAAAUACUAAGGUUUAUAUGUUAAACUAAUAAAAUGGUACAGGGUAAAUUAUAUACAUAUAUAUGUAUGAAAAUAUAUACUUAGUUUAAGAAAAAAUGGCUCACAUUCCUGUAAUAUAAAGGUCCAUUGCUAGUUGAAAAGUGACCUCUUUUCUCUGUACAUAGGUAAGCCCGUAAGUAUGGAGUUUUAAUCUGUACAGAAAGAGAUGUAUUAUUGAGAAGAUUGGUCUUUCUGCGGCUGGGAAAAUUGAAGAAUAGUUGAUUCUUGCAACAACUGUAUGAUCAGGGAUGAGUUAGAGUAUUUCUUUUGUCUUUGCUCAAAGCCAUACAUAUAUAAAUAUAUAUAUAUAAAGAUUAUUAAUAAACUCAGAAAUAAACUAAAA